AUGCGCCUCCUCCUCCGCAUGAGAUUCAGAUCAGAUCAGAUCACUCACUGGAUCAAGCUAAGCAGUGCAUACAGACAAAGCAAGCAUCCUCCACCCAUGGCGGAUGUGCAUGAACCUUUGGUGCGCCGCAAGAGGAAGAAGGUUUUGGUGGACUACUUGGUGCGGUUCCGAUGGAUCCUUGUGAUCUUCGUGGUCCUUCCUAUUUCAUCUCUGAUCUACUUCAAUAUCUUUCUGGGCGACAUGUGGUCGGCCAUGAAGUCAGAGAAGAAGCGCCAGAAGCAACAUGAUGAGAAUGUGCAGAAGGUUGUGAAGCGGCUCAAGCAGAGGAACCCAAAGAAGGAUGGUCUUGUUUGCACAGCCAGGAAGCCCUGGAUUGCUGUUGGCAUGCGCAAUGUCGACUACAAGCGUGCGAGGCAUUUUGAGGUUGACCUUUCUUCCUUCAGGAACAUCCUUGAGAUUGACAAAGAGAGGAUGGUUGCUAAGGUUGAGCCCCUUGUAAACAUGGGUCAGAUAUCCCGAGCAACCUGCCCAAUGAACCUUGCCCUUGCAGUCGUCGCUGAGCUUGACGACCUCACUGUUGGUGGGCUGAUCAAUGGUUAUGGAAUUGAGGGGAGCUCUCACCUCUAUGGCCUUUUCUCUGACACGGUUGUUGCAAUGGAAGUUGUUCUUGCAGAUGGCCGGGUUGUUAGGGCCACCAAGGAUAAUGAGUACUCUGACCUUUUCUAUGGCAUUCCCUGGUCCCAGGGAACACUUGGGUUCCUUGUCUCUGCUGAGAUCAAGCUGAUUCCCAUCAAGGAGUACAUGAAGCUCACCUACACUCCAGUGAAAGGGAGUCUGAAAGAAAUCGCGCAGGCCUAUGCUGAUUCUUUCGCUCCAAGAGAUGGUGACCCAGCAAAGGUCCCUGACUUUGUUGAAGGAAUGGUGUACACAGAAAGCGAGGGUGUCAUGAUGACUGGUGUGUAUGCUUCGAAAGAAGAGGCCAAGAAGAAGGGCAACAAGAUCAACUGCGUGGGGUGGUGGUUUAAGCCCUGGUUCUACCAGCAUGCUCAGACGGCGCUCAAGAGGGGCGAGUUUGUGGAGUACAUCCCAACAAGAGAGUACUACCACCGCCACACCCGGUGCCUGUACUGGGAGGGAAAGCUGAUCCUGCCAUUCGGUGACCAGUUCUGGUUCAGGUUCCUGCUGGGUUGGCUCAUGCCACCAAAGGUGUCUCUGCUGAAGGCGACUCAAGGUGAGGCUAUCAGGAACUACUACCAUGACAACCAUGUGAUCCAGGACAUGCUGGUGCCACUGUACAAGGUUGGAGAUGCUCUCGAGUUCGUGCACCGCGAGAUGGAGGUGUAUCCUCUGUGGCUGUGCCCUCACCGCCUGUACAAGCUGCCUGUGAAGACGAUGGUGUACCCUGAGCCUGGGUUCGAGCACCAGCACAGGCAGGGCGACACGAGCUACGCGCAGAUGUUCACGGACGUGGGUGUGUACUACGCCCCUGCCGCGGUCCUAAGGGGAGAGGAGUUCAAUGGUACGGAGGCGGUGCACAGGCUGGAGCAGUGGCUGAUCGAGAACCACAGCUACCAGCCACAGUACGCUGUGUCGGAGCUGAACGAGAAGGACUUCUGGCGCAUGUUCGACGCCUCCCACUACGAGCACUGCCGGCGCAGGUACGGGGCUGUGGGCACGUUCAUGAGCGUGUACUACAAGUCGAAGAAGGGGCGCAAGACGGAGAAGGAGGUGCAGGAGGCGGAGGCAGCCAUCCUGGAGCCGGCCUACGCAGACGAGGCCUAA